AUGUAGCAAAGAAAUUCAGUUUGGAAACCCCAGACUUAAUUAAACUACUUUUUCAUACAAUGAGCGAGAAGGUACAGAUGGCAGGAGGAGUUUGAUAAUGGUUGAAUAAAAAUACAAACUUUAGGCAGUGAUUUGUCUCUGAAAUGGAGAAAAAGUCACAUUCAGAGACAAAUGGAGACAGACCCUCCCCCCAUGGGGCAAGACAAAGCAGAGUAAUGGGGUGCAGACCCCAGCACAGAGACAGAGGAGACAUGUGCAGAGAGGAACAGGGUCCUGGAAAGAGGACCAAUCCCAGCAGAAGAGAGAAAUCCAAGGGCAAGAAAGAGGAGGGCAGAGGGCUGUGAAGGGUAAGAGACCAGUAGAGGAGAGACCCAGAGAAGGGUGACAGAUUGUUUUCCUCCUCUUUGAACACUCAUCCUUGUUACCCUUCAGGGACUGGUAAUUACACAGUGUGCCCUUCUUAGGGAGUGGGUUGUGCCUGGAUUGGGGAAAUGUGAAGAGGUCAGAGAGGUGACAGGAUGGUGACAUCUUUCAGACUGGGAAGUGGCCUUUCCCCACCUCCAGUAAACAACUGGAGCUGCGCUCUGUGUUGCCUUGGCUGGGAUGGGGCAGAGAGGGGAACACCCUAAUCCGGGGACACCCUUCCUACCACCUUGCCAUGCUAUAUUUAGACUGAGGGAGGGGUGCCCGAUGAUCCCUCCCAAGGUGGGUGUCGGCUUUCUUUCUAAAAAUAGCUCAGAGGAAGGGAGCAGAGUCCCAGGAUGGAGGUGUGGUAGGGUGAAGAGCCCUGCCCCCCACAUAGGACUGUCCCAGGACUCUUCAGCUCUUAUCUCUCUCCGAGGCCCUGUCCCUCUCGGGGUUCCCUCCCCUUCUCUUGAGAUGUCUGCCCCCACUUCUGUUUUUUUCUAUCUGGGUCUCUGUUCCCCAUUCCUCCCCCUGGGUCUUGGUCCGUCUUUCCCUUGGUUUCUGCCCUCUCCCUCCAUAUCUCUGUCUUCUCCCCUCUGCAUCUGUCAUUAUUCACUGUUUCUCUAGGCAGGUCACUCUGUUCUUAAAACAUGUCUUUGUCCCCGAGUCCUUUAAUACCUUGAAUUUUUCUUAUCUGAACUCAGGAGAAGACCCUCUCCCUAGUCCCCACCCAGGAAAUUCCAGGACACAGGACUGUGUAGGAGAGCCUUCCACGUCCACUGUCUCCGAGUCGAGUCGUCGAGCCUUAUCACUGCCCAAGCCCAGCUGGUUAAUGUCUGGCGGGAAGCUCCUGGGAAAGUGGGGAUGAGAGCAGAGGGUGGGAAUCCGCCCCCAGAUUGACACUGAAUUGGCAAAAGACUGCAUAGGAAUCUCAGGCCCAUCUCCUGGGUGUGAGGGAGGAGGACUACAGCCUGGACCACUGGAUCUGAGGGAGGAGGGCUGGGAUCCAGGACCCCUGGAUCUGAGGGAGGAGGGCUGGGAUCCAGGACCCCUGGGUCUGAGGGAGGAGGGCCAGGGUUGGUACCCCAGGGUCUUGGGGCAGCCGGGGGCCUGGUCUCCUGGGUCUGAGGGAGGAGGGGCUGGGCCCCGACUCCUGAGGCUGCGAUGCGGGGGCUGCGCGAGCCAGGCCGGGCUUCCGAGGUCCCGGCACGCGUGUGCAAGGCUGGAUCCCCCGCCCCUCCUCCGCCGUCGGGCGCCGCCCCGCCCCCGCCCCCGACCCAGGCCCUCCCGAGCGCGAGCAGCGCGGAGCCGGCGGGCCAGCGGGCGUCCCUGCAGCCAGCGAGCGGGAGGAGGAGCCGCAGCCGCGCCAGGGGCAGCCGGGGAGCAGAGGAGGGCGCCCCAGGUGGUUGCCCCCUCCCUCUCCUGAGAUGUCAGGAAGGAGGGGGCCACCUGUGUCCUCCACAGGGCCCCCCAGCCCCGAAGCUCCAAGGUGGAGGAGGUGUUGACAGGUCUGGCAAACACCUGCUGCUUCCCAGUUCUCUCCAGUCUUCCAGAAUGUUGUAGAGAAACAGCUAUAUCCACACCCCACCAGCCUCUCCCAGCCCAGGGUGUCCGAGAGAUGCUCCCCCACCCCUCCAGUUCCCUCCCCAUCCUCCUGCUCUUCUUCCUCCCCAGUGUCCCAGUGGAGCUCCACCCCCCACCCUCAACACUGCCCCCAUUUCUGGCCCCCGAGUGGGACCUUCUAUCCCCCCGAGUAGCCCUGUCCAGGGUUGCCCCUGCUGGACCCCCUCUGCUCUUCCUACUGGAGGCUGGGGCCUUUGGGGAGCCAGCGGGUGCCCCAGCCAACCGCAGUCGGCGUGGGGUGAGCGAGAAGGCACCAGCAAGUCGCCGGGGUGAGCUGGCUGUUUGUGAUGCAGUAAGCGGCUGGGUGACAGACCGUCGGACGGCUGUGGACUUGCGUGGGCGAGAGGUGGAGGUGCUGGGCGAGGUGCCUGCAGCUGGUGGCAGCCCCCUCCGGCAGUAUUUCUUCGAGACACGUUGCAAGGCUGAGAGUGCUGGGGAAGAUGGUCCUGGUGCGGGUGGAGGAAGCUGCCGAGGCGUGGACCGGAAGCACUGGGUGUCUGAGUGCAAGGCCAAGCAGUCUUAUGUUCGGGCAUUGACUUCUGAUGCCCAGGGCCGUGUGGGCUGGCGAUGGAUACGAAUUGACACUGCCUGCGUCUGCACACUACUCAGCCGGAAUGGCCGGGCAUAAGACCCAUGCCCAGGAACUGGUCAGGCAGAGAAAAGAAGAGAGCUGAAUGCUCAGGGACUUCAAGGCUGACCUGGCUGACUCUAAGGGCCUCAGUUUGGGAACUUAAGUGAUCACUGAAUCAAAGCUCUCUAAUUUUGAGAGCUCAAUUCAUGCAGGAUGUAUGAAAGCAAAUGUGGUUGCAAAGGAUGAACAGGAGUUCUCCUGGAGGAACUUGAGGGUAACCAUGGAAAUAACAAUAAUAAUAGCCAAUAUUCACUGAGUGCUUACUGUUUAUCA